AAGCUCUACCUGCCAUUGGAGGGGCACCUGGGAUUGAUGAGGCGCGGUGGCCAAUGAGACUGCGCGGAAGGAGAGAACGGGCUCCAGUUAAAGGGGGCGGAAGAGGAGGUAGAGCCAGUCCACGGAGAAACAGGGACCCUCCGCCGAUAAAGCGCUCACUCCGAGCCAGAGACAUAAAUCCGUGCCCAAACUGGACCGCGGUGAAUGUUUUUUUUUCCUUUUCUUUUUUUUUUUUUUAAAUUCUUGAGAUGCUUCAACCACUCUCGCUCGGCGUGCGCAGAAGACGUCUAAUAAGAUAAUUGUUUUGAUCGAACAAGUAAUUUUCUUCUUCUUCUUAGUUUCACUAAAGCACAGCCAGGAGGAGAGGACACAAGGGAAUCCUUCACUUUCGUUUGGAUUUUUCGAUCCCAUGUAAAUUAGAUUUUUUUUCCCCCCCUUGUUAGUUAAAUUGAAAUCUUUUAGUUAUGCGCGGAGAAGCGCUUUUGAUUCACGCCUGAUAUGGUGUUUCCAAAGCUGGAAGUUGCAUCGUUGCGUGUCAACAUUUGAUCUUUUUUCCCCCCCUUCUUUCUUCUUACUGUAAUUUAAAAAAAAGAAGACAUCUGCGCUGGUUUCGUAAAGUAAAUUAAAUUUAGAAAAAAAAAUGUUACUUGAUGCUGGCCACCAGUUCCCCGGACUGGGAGUGGGUACGUUCGCCAGGCAUCACUCUGCGAGCGAGAUGCAGGACAGAGACUUGAGUUUGGCGCAAAACAGCUUUGUAGACUCCGCACACAUGGGUGCGUUCAAGCUGAACCACGAUCUCUCCCCGGGACAGAGCUCUGCCUUCACCACCCAGGCGCCGGGCUAYCCCGCUGCGGCUCUGGGGGCCCACGCCGCCCAUGUCACGUCGUACGCGAGCUCCCCUUUCAACUCCACCAGGGACUUUCUCUUUCGCAGCCGCGGCUUCGGAGAAUCCUCUCCGGCGAGCGGCCAGCACGCUAUUUUUGGCCCCACGGCGGGGUCCCUUCAUCACUCCCACACAGACACUCAGAGCCACAUACUCUUCCCCGGGAUCCACGACCAGCACGGCUCCCACGGCUCCCCGAACGUCCUGAACGGCCAGAUGAGGCUCGGACUGCCGGGUGAAGUUUUCGGGCGCUCCGAGCAGUACCACCAGGUCUCCAGCCCGAGGACCGACCCGUACUCGGCCGCGCAGCUCCACAACCAGUACGGCUCCAUGAAUAUGAACAUGGGCAUGAACAUGGCAGCCCACCACCACCAUCACCCCGGUGCCUUUUUCCGCUACAUGAGGCAGCAGUGCAUCAAGCAGGAGCUCAUCUGCAAGUGGAUCGACCCGGAGCAGCUGAGCAACCCCAAGAAGUGCUGCAACAAAACUUUCAGCACCAUGCACGAGCUGGUCACGCACGUCUCCGUGGAGCACGUCGGCGGGCCGGAGCAGACCAACCACAUCUGCUUUUGGGAGGACUGCUCCCGGGAGAGCAAGCCGUUCAAGGCGAAAUACAAACUGGUGAACCACAUUCGAGUGCACACGGGGGAGAAGCCCUUCCCGUGCCCCUUCCCCGGCUGCGGCAAGGUCUUCGCCCGCUCGGAAAACUUGAAGAUCCACAAGAGAACGCACACAGGUAGGCCCCUAAUUUUAACCACGGCGCGGUGGGGGUGAGGGGGAAGAGGGGGG